AUGGCCACUAAAGAUAACCCGCCCCAAACUGGGAAUGAAGCCUGGACCAUACCGUCUGUCGCGCCGGAUCUACUGUGCAUGGAUGACCAUCUCUUCCGCAUCAACUACGACGUUCCAGAGAAGAUUACCCGACAACUGUACGAACUGUACGACCGCGAUGCAAAGUAUGAAGAGAUUCCGGAGUACCAGAGAGCAUAUGAAAUCGAAAAGGAAGUCUUAGAUGUGGAAGAGGCAAAAGAGGUAGAACGGUACUUUGAGGAAGAGGCCAAGCGCAGGAAGGCCAAUCUCCAGGCAAUGAAGGAGGCUCUGCUCAAGUCCAAGUCUACUCGUGUAUCAACAUGCGAGUAA